GUAAAGCUGCUGCUUGAGAAGGGCGCUGACGUCGACUCAAAGGACUCCGACGGUCAGACGCCGCUGUCGUGGGCAGCCCUGAAGGGGCACGAGGCUGUGGUCAAGCUGCUGCUCGAAGGCAAGGCGGACGUCGACUCAAAGGACUCCUACGGUCAGACGCCGCUGUUGUGGGCAGCCCAGAAGGGGCACGAGGCUGUACUCGGUGCUGUGGUCAAGCUGCUGCUCGAAGGCAAGGCGGACAUCGACUCAAAGGACUCUGACGGUCAGACGCCGCUGUCGUGGGCGGCUCGUAAGGGGCACGAGGCUGUGGUCAAGCUGCUCCUGUCCUUCAAG